CAUCACUCCCCACAAAGAUUUUCCCUCCUCUGUCUCAUUGUUACACCUCAAUAUCUGAACCCGCUUCCUCUGCCUUAUUAUCCCCUUAUCUCUCUGUUCGUUUUCGAUGUCGAAAGGAUAUCUCUGAUAUGUUUUCUGAAGCUCUUAUGUGCUUUGGUGCAACUUCAACUACCGUGGAUGAAGAUGACAAUUGUGAUGCUUCUACUGAGAUAUGCAUCGAGUCCAUAUUUCCUGAAUCUGAAGAUGUGGAUGUAUGCAUCUCACAGGCUGCUGAUUCUGUAGGCUUAAAAGAGAUACCAAGUUAUGAAGUUAAAACAGGUGAGCAUUAUGACUGGAUAAAGAAAACUCAGGAAUCAUUUGAUCCAGUUGAAGUGAGUGAAGGACUUUGGGUUGUCCCUCAAUGGAAGAUUCCCCCGGAUGUUGAAGCAACGAAUAUUGUUCUGAAUCCUGGAUUGGCAUUUGGAACUGAGGAGCAUCCAACCACCAGAUUGUGUCUGUUGCUGCUACAAAGAUUGAUCAAAGGAGGAGAAUACUUCUUGGAGUAUGGCACAGGUUCUGGCAUUUUGGCACUAGCAGCACUGAAGUUUGGUGCUUCUUUGUCUGUUGGAAUUGAUAUAGACCCUCAACGACACAAUGCCACUCUCAACGACAUAGGCCCUGAAAAAAUGAAAUUACGCCUGGUUUCCAGCAACACUUCCCCUCAAUUGACGAACAUAAAGAUGUUCGAAAACAGACUUCAUACGAGACUGGUUGAAUCAGAACACAAAAAGUACGAUGUGAUCGUCGCAAAUAUACUUCUAAAUCCUUUGUUAGAACUGGCAGAUGAUAUUGUAUCUCAUGUUAGGCCUGGUGCAUCAGUUGGCCUUUCUGGUAUUCUUUCUGAGCAGAUUCCUUAUAUUAUGGAUCGAUAUUCUCCAUUGCUGGACAACAUAUCUGUAACAGAGAUGGAAGAUUGGGCUUGUUUAAGUGGUACAAAGAAACUGACAGGCAACUGAGGAGCAUUUUAGAACAUGUACAAGUAGAAACAGAGAUGGUUAAAUUACUGUUAAAAUUGAUAUUCAGUUCUUAUAUUUGCUCAGCACAAGUAUAAUCACUGAGAAAAUAUGCAACUUGUAUCAUAAUUGAAGUACUCAUUGGAAUCAAGUUACAAC